CCGUGAAAUCGUUAAAUACUAACGGCGAUUGCGCGGGCGUGCAGUUACUCUUCUCACUCACUCUCUCCCUCUCUCUCUCACUCGACUCUAGAUGAGCUUUUUUUUUUUCUCUCUCCGUUUCGACGAGUUUCAGACACACAAUUUUUUUCUUUCUUUUCUAUGAAAUGCAUGGAAAAUGAGACUGAGAGCACAUACAGAACAAAUUUCCAAUCCAACUGAUCCAAACUUUUCAAACAUAUAUUCAUCAGAAGACGAUCUUUUGGCCGGAGAUGGGGAAGAAAGGAGGCGGUUGGUUCGCGUCGGUCAAGAAAGUCUUUAAGCCUUCUUCUAAGGACUUGCCUGACAAAAAGAAGGAGAAUCAGGAGAAAUGGCAGCAUGAUGCUCCAGAGGUUGUUUCGUUUGAACAUUUUCCGGCAGAGAGUUCUCCGGAUAUCACAAAUGAUGAGAGCGCUGCGUCGACUCCAACGGUUGAGGAUAGAAACCAUGCCAUUGCUGUUGCUGUGGCAACUGCUGCAGCUGCAGAGGCUGCAGUUGCAGCAGCACAAGCAGCGGCCAAAGUUGUUCGUCUGGCUGGUUAUGGUCGUCACUCUAGGGAAGAAAGGGCUGCAACACUCAUACAAUCACAUUACAGAGGAUAUCUAGCCCGAAGGGCUUUGCGUGCAUUGAAGGGAUUGGUGAGGCUGCAAGCACUGGUCAGAGGCCAUAAUGUGAGAAAGCAAGCACAGAUGACAAUGAGAUGUAUGCAAGCGUUAGUUCGUGUACAGGCAAGAGUACGAGCACGAAGACUUCAAUUGACCCAUGAUAAGCUUCAGAACCAGAACCAGGUAGAUGAAGGAGAAGAAGAAGAAGAAGAAGAAGAAGAAAGAGGAGGAUUAGAAGUGCAAAAGCUGAAAAAUGCCAUGAAAAAAUAUGAAAAAAGCAGGGAUAGUAGGCAUCAAAGACAACAAAGUUCAGACAGAAUCAAAGACCUCCCUUCAAGGAGACAUGAUGCUGUAGUGAAAAGGGAGAGAGCUCUUGCUUAUGCUUUUGCCUACCAGCAGCAACAGCAACAACAUCAACAGCUCCUCAAAACUCUCACAGACGGUAAUGAUUUUGGGCCCACAACGGAUCAACGUGAAAAGGCCCAAUGGGGCUGGAACUGGCUCGAGCAUUGGAUGUCGUCGCAACCAUACAAUGCCCGCCACUCCAGCCCACGAGAUGGAACUUAUGUGACACUGCCGGCCACCACCACCACCAGCGACGACAUGUCAGAGAAGACGGUGGAAAUGGACAUUGUUGCAGGUUCAGGCUCGAGUAACAUCAAUAUGGGCCUGCUGAAUGAAGACUCGAUGGACUCAGACCCAUAUUCUACGAGGCAGCAUAGACAAACAAGCUCAAACAAUGUCCCUAGCUACAUGGCCCCAACUAAGUCUGCCAAGGCCAAGGUAAGAAGUCAAGGCAAUGUCAAACAUAGAGCGCCGUAUACUCCUCAGUGGAACCCAUCAACUAGAAAAGGAUCGGUUACUGGGUCGGGGUGUGAUUCCUCAAGCUCUGGUGGAGGAACUGGAACCUACCAUCUUCCAAGGAGCCCAAGCCCAAAACACAGUGGGUUAGGUUUGCAAGGUAGAAGAGCUGUGGGCUGUAGCCCGGAUUCACCUGGGCAUGAUGAUUGGGCCUUACCUUUGAGUGUUCAUGGUUGGAGGCAUGAUUUUGAUUAGUUGUGAUUGCAAAGAACUUUGGAUGUGUGAUUGAUGACACAAACUUUCUUUGUCAUUGUCAAUAUGUUGUUUAUUUAUUUUUUGUUUUUUUAUCGUAUUAAUGAUGAUGUAUGCAACAAUGGACACAGCAAUUUGUGAUCUUAGCAAUUUGUGAUCUUAUGUAUAUUUUGAACUUUUGCAAUACCAAUAUCGAUAAACAUAUAUAUUUUCUUUAUGAGAAAA